ACUCCAAAAAUGGAAUGGAAUGUUCAAAAUCAAAGGCAGCAAUGUAUCAUUCAUUGAUGAUGUCAUUAACAUAUGAUUGGAAUUCGCUGAUGUCAUCAGAAUUCUUUAACUAGGCACUCUCGUCAGAGGAGUGAAUCAGAAUUCAGAUCUUACAGAACUACGGUGAGGAAAAUAACCGACACGCUGACCACUGAUUUCGGAGAAUCUUUCAGAGAAACUGCAUUUUCAGGUACAACUUAAAUCCUGAUUCUUCUUCUAAGAAUGGCGAGCUCUACUUUUCAAAACGGGAUGGUGCCUAGACCGCCGACGUCCUUCGAAUACUGGAGCAUGCACAACUCACUCCAAGGACAAAUCUGUCAUCUUCAAAAACAGUUGAGCAUGGAAUACAACUGGAGAGUACAGGUUAGCCAAGAGUUGGAGGACACCAAACAACAACUGUCCAACCAAAAACGUCUUAAGGAAGUAUUCAUUAAUAAAGAGAAAGAAGCCAAAAAAGAGCUUGCGAGACUGCAGAACUAUAGUGACACAGAAACUCUCAAAGCCUCAAAUAUUGCUUCACAGGUUAGGAGUAACAUUAAGAGGAGGAAAAAGAGAGACCUCCAACAGGAUUAUGAAGAGCUCAAGGUAGCACACAUAAUCAAUGAGGAAAAGUUCAAUGCUGAGCUGCAGGCUCACAAAGAUAAGAUCAAGACUCUCGAGGAUGAGCUAAAGCUCUACCAAGAGAAUUGUAACACCAGCUUGCAAACAGAGGAGAACAACAAGGUUCAGGACGAACCAAAUCUCAGCCAGGAAAAGCUCACUGCUGAGCUCAAAACUGAGAAAGAGAACCAUGAGGUCCUCCAGAACCAACUUAAGCUCAGCCUGGAAAAGCUCGCCGCUGAGCUCAAAACAGAGAAGGAGAACCAUGAGGUUCUCCAGAACCAACUUAAGCUCAGCCUGGAAAAGCUCGCCGCUGAGCUCAAAACCGAGAAAGAGAACCACAAAGUUGUCCAGAACCAACUUAAGCUCAGCCUGGAAAAUCUCGCCGCUGAGCUCAAAACCGAGAAAGAGAACCACGAGGUUCUCCAGAACCAACUUAGGCUCGGCCAGGAAAAGCUCGCCGCUGAGCUCAAAACCGAGAAAGAGAACCAUGAGGUUCUCCAGAACCAACUUAAGCUUGGCCAGGAAAAGCUCGCCGCUGAGCUCAAAACCGAGAAAGAGAACCACAAAGUUCUCCAGAACCAACUUAAGCUUGGCCAGGAAAAGCUCGCCGCUGAGCUCAAAACCGAGGAAGAGAACCACAAAGUUGUCCAGAACCAACUUAAGCUUGGCCAGGAAAAGCUCGCCGCUGAGCUCAAAACAGAGAGGGAGAACCACGAGGUUCUCCAGAACCAACUUAAGCUCGGCCAGGAAAAGCUCGCCGCUGAGCUCAAAACCGAGAAAGAGAACCACGAGGUUCUCCAGAACCAACUUAAGCUCGGCCAGGAAAAGCUCGCCGCUGAGCUCAAAACCGAGAAAGAGAACCACAAGGUUCUCCAGAACCAACUUAAGCUCGGCCAGGAAAAGCUCGCCGCUGAGCUCAAAACCGAGGAAGAGAACCACAAAGUUGUCCAGAACCAACUUAAGCUCGGCCAGGAAAAGCUCGCCGCUGAGCUCAAAACAGAGAAGGAGAACCACGAGGUUCUCCAGAACCAACUUAAGCUCGGCCAGGAAAAGCUCGCCGCUGAGCUCAAAACCGAGAAAGAGAACCACAAGGUUCUCCAGAACCAACUUAAGCUCGGCCAGGAAAAGCUCGCCGCUGAGCUCAAAACCGAGGAAGAGAACCACAAAGUUGUCCAGAACCAACUUAAGCUUGGCCAGGAAAAGCUCGCCGCUGAGCUCAAAACCGAGAAAGAGAACCACAAGGUUCUCCAGAACCAACUUAAGCUUGGCCAGGAAAAGCUCGCCGCUGAGCUCAAAACUGAGAAGGAGAACCACGAGGUUCUCCAGAACCAACUUAAGCUCGGCCAGGAAAAGCUCGCCGCUGAGCUAAAAACAGAAAAGGAGAACCAUGAGGUUCUCCAGAACCACCUUAAGCUCGGCCAGGUAAAGCUCGCCGCUGAGCUCAAAACCGAGAAAGAGAACCACGAGGUUCUCCAGAACCAACUUAAGCUCGGCCAAGAAAAGCUCGCCGCUGAGCUCAAAACCGAGAAAGAGAACCACGAGGUUCUCCAGAACCAACUUAAGCUCAGCCUGGAAAAGCUCGCCGCUGAGCUCAAAACCGAGAAAGAGAACCACGAGGUUCUCCAGAACCAACUUAAGCUCGGCCAAGAAAAUCUCGCCGCUGAGCUCAAAACCGAGAAAGAGAACCACGAGGUUCUCCAGAACCAACUUAAGCUCAGCCUGGAAAAGCUCGCCGCUGAGCUCAAAGCCGAGAAAGAGAACCACGAGGUUCUCCAGAACCAACUUAAGCUCUGCCAGGAAAAGCUCGCUGCUGAGCAGGAGGAACAUGAGAAUGACCUACCCCAAGCAGAAGAGACUGAAACAGCCCCCAGGAAAUCAACCUUUAAGAGAUUCCGCCACUUCCUGGGUUUACGGAAACCACAAAGGUGGAAGAGGCCAGCAGUGGCCACAUCAACCAGCGGCGAAUAAGCUGCCUCCCCCUCUAUCACCCACUGUAAGGAAAUCGAUCUCAUUCAUGGCAGACGUGAGGCCCGGCCAAGGCAGAUGGCCCCACCAUGAGCCCGGUUCUGCUCAGGGAAUUUUUCCUUGCCGCCGACGCCAAGUUGCAUGCUCGUGGUGGACUCUUGGGUCUAAUUUGACAUUGCAGGAAAUGCACAGGUGUUCCCCAGAGGUUCACCUGUUAUUUUCCAGCCAAAAAAGUCUGCUAUGAAAACAAUUACUCCAAUUACAUCUCCUUCAAGGGUGAACAGAGGGAUUGCAAAAACAACAAAACAAAGAAAAACUAACCCCCCCCCCCAAAAAAAACAAACAAAAACAAAACAAAAAAAAUAAA